CGAACAGGUGGACGGAGAGGGAGUACCUGAGGACCCUCGCGCUCUCGCUCAGCUAAACGGAAUCUCCCCCUCUCUCCUCUUCACUCCGAUCCUGAUUCUCUUCAAAUCCCUUCUAUUGCAUGGGAUUGCAAUGUUGAAAGCAAAGAAUAUCACCGUGAGCAAUGAUAAAUAUGAAGAAAGAAGACUGUGCUUGAAUGGGACUCUUUAUUUUAAUGUUUUUACGUCAGAGGAGGUGUUGGGAUAAAACCCCGAAACUUGGCGAUUCCCACAUGCAGGUUCCUCGCGACUCCUGACCGGCCAGCCCCACGAUGCGCCGCCACGUGUGGAGGGUCCUCGUGCCGCCCCUCCUCCUGUUCUCCCUCUUCGCUGCUCACGUGGCGCCGUCGGACCCCCAGCGUGGACCCCGAGAGAGAGGAGUGGCUCUGGACGACGACCUGCCGGCGAUACCUGAAGCGGGGGCAGAGGAGGGGGAGAAGGAGGAGGAGGAGGAGGUGGAGGAGGAUCAUGUAAGGGUCGAGCAAGAAGCGAGUGAUUUGGAGACCCUGAAGGAGGAGCUGAACCAAGGGCGCAACGGGUCUUGGACGAGGGAGGACCUCGUCGAAGGGAACGAUCUCGGGAAUUCGGCGACGAGGUUUUCCGAGGCCGCUGAGGAGGCGUUCUCGGUGAUGGAGGCGCAGAGGAGGAACACGACGAAGGCGCAGAGGAGGAACUCGACGGGGGCGGCGCGGCGGUGGGGGAGUCACCCGCUGCCGCCGCUGCAGGAGUACAUCGCCAAACGGAGCGACGGCGGCGCCGGGUGGAACGCGUACUUCCACGACCAGGCCAUCGCCAUUAUCCAGCAGACCCGCGAGGGAACCGUGCUCAACUGCACGCUGCAGGAGGUCAUUCAGGUGUGGGAGCAGCGCGAGGCCCUGGAGUACCUAGGCCGCGUCAUGCCCCUUGUGCCCGUGCCCUUCCAGCAUAUGGUCCACCUGGUGACACUCUGUGGGACCUUCACUCCCUACCAACCGCAGCCGAUUACCGCCCAACAGACUCCGGCCAACAAGUUAUGGUGGCUGGACAUGUCGGCACUACAGGGCAUCCUCCCAGGGACGCUAUGGUGCGGGAUGGGCGACCAGGCAGCCACCUACCACCAGCUGGGUCCUCGUCGACAGCUGGAUUCCUGCUGCCGGGCGCACGACCACUGCCCUAUCAAGCUCAGGCCCAUGAUGACCCGCUAUGGACUGACGAAUUACGGGUUCAAGACUAUGUCCCACUGCUCGUGCGACCUGGAGUUCUACCGUUGCCUGAAGGCUGCCGGGGACAGCGUGGCCACCAUGGUCGGCCAGGUGUACUUCAACUACCUCAAGAUGGAUUGCAUCGACGUCCCGAGUCCCAAAAGCUGUUACUCCCCUUCCGUAACGAUAAGAACUCUCAACGCCCCUUUCCCCUCUGAGGUGGCAACCCAGGCUCCUCCUCCUCCUCCUCCUCCCCCUCCUUCCUUCCCCUCGACGUCGGGGACAGAGACGAGAGAUGCACAAGAGAGGACGAAGAAUAAGAAUAAGAAGAAUAAGAACAAGGAGAGGAGGAGGCCCAGGUUGUCUUGUCUCCGUCGGGAUGCUGAAGGAGGGUGUCGCUUCUGGCUGCCCAACCCCAAGGGCUUCACGACGCGGCUGCAGAUUGUCAAGACGACGUUGAACUUUUAGGGGAAGGAGGCGGGUUUUAGGAUCGGGCUUUUGAAUCAUUGAUUUAUUACAUAUUUAUUAGUAUUGUUUUUAUAAUUAUUAUUAUUAUUAUUAUUAUUAUUAUUAUUAUUGUUAUUAUUAUGAUUUUGCUAUUAUUGUUAUUAUUAUUAUUAUUAUUAUUAUUAUUAUUAUUAUUAUUAUUAUUGUUAUCUUCUUUUUUUGCUAUCAUUGCUAUUAUUUUUAUUAUUACGAUUAUAAUUUUAGUACAGCCAUACCAAAUAGAUAGAUAAUCCUGUGUAUCUAUGCGAGUUUUAGAAUGAUUUUGGAAUGAGAAUGAGACUGACCGUGUUUUAGGUUUUCCGUUUUAGAAGACUGUGAUAUAACGUUAUGAGUAAGACAAAAGUUAUGAACGUCUAGGUUCCUUUAAAAGAAAAUUUUAUUUGUUUAAGGUGCAUAAGCCUAGGUGAACAAAAGACUUGUGUUGUGCGUUUAUUUUUUCACCGAAGUGUGCCAGGUGCGCAUCCCCGUGCAGGUCGAGCAGGUUCUUGUCGCUGUAUACUUCAUAUUUUGUCGUAAUAAAUGUAUGGAAUAAG